AUGUCUGACAUUCCCCCAACCGAGGCGUCGAGCUCAAAGAGCAGUAUCAGGCAAGCAAACUCGCCUCCACCGACGCCGCCAUCACCAGUCGGCUCAGAAACAGAAGUCAAGCUAUCCCGGAAACGAGAGCGUGAGGUCUCUCAGGAGCCAGUUACAACAACGAAGGCCGUCGCUGAUACCGACACCUCUACCCGCGACAAUCGAGAAAUUCGCACCCCGGCAAAGAAGAACAGAGUCGCCUUAAGUUCUACAGCUGAAGAAGAUGAUGGCAUAACAGGCUCUCGGUCGAAUUCGCCUUCACCAACCUUUGGCUCGCCACCCCAAGAGAUGAAAAUCAAGGUUCGGCAAAUCAGCCAGGGCGUCGAGGACCUUAGCUGGCGGAGGAAGCCUAACUUUGUGAUGGGUCCCAACGAUGAACAAGAUUCCGCUCUGGAGAUGCCUGUUGAUAGCGACAAGCUGGACACGCACGAAGAAAGCACCAUUUCCAAUGGGUCGGCCGACAUAAAGGACCAACAAGAAGAACAUGAUGUCUCGCACGUUGAUGAGGCGCCUACUAUUCUCCCGCCCACACCACCCUCUGCGACGGAUGAAGCUCCGAAGAGCUCGCGACGAGACUCCGAUUCCGAUUCUGGCGAGAGAGACAAAGGGUUGAAGAGAAAGUUCCUGGAACGUGGGACCAGCCAGGGUCCGCAGGAGACGGGACCAUCUGAUAAGGCAGCCUCAGAACCCGUGAAACGGCCUAGAGAUGACGCUGGCAAGGACGAUAAUCCUCGUGAGACUAAGCGACCUUCACCGCCUCCGGAGCAGAGUGCAAGUCUACCUCCCAAUUCUCCUGCACCGAAAUUCGGCGGGUUUGGAGCUUACGCUGCUACCAAGUCUCCUUUUGCUUCAGUAAAAGGGCCUAACGUGUUUGGAUCCAAAAAAUCGUCAGGCUCGUCGACCCCGUCAAUUACGCCCUCGGUAUCCUCUUCUUCCUUUGGGACACCCGUUCUAGGAGAAUCGUCUACGGCCUCUACUUCGGCCGCGACGCCCGCAAAGCGUUCUGGUUUUGAGGCCUUCGCUUCACCAGCAUCUCCCUUUGCUUCCAUCGCCCAGAAUAAAUCAUCUGUGUUAGGAGGUGGAGCAUCCAAGCUCGGACGGAGCAAAUCCCCCACGCGCCGAGCGAACUCCGCUAAUUCGAGUGCCUUUUCGGCAUAUAGUGGCGCUAGCCAAGGGUUUGCAUUGCCUGCAUCCAAGCGUGCUCGAGCGGGAUCCCCGGCAACGUCAAAUUUGGAGAAGAAAUCGAGCGAGUCUGUUCUCAAUGGUUCAGACAGCUGUGCAGAAGAGGACAGUAGCGACGGAAAAGGUGCUAGCUUUGGCGAAAAAUUACGGGCAGGAAAGGACCAGUCCGAUGAGGAGCUCGAGGUUCCUAAGAUUGCUUUGACUGAGCAAGAAGUAAUGACCGGCGAAGAAGAAGAGGAGACAAUUCAUCAAGUUCGAGGAAAGCUGUUUGCACUAUCUGACGGCACUGCCUGGAAGGAGCGCGGUACCGGUGUAUUGAAGCUGAAUGUGCGAGCUUCAGAUGGAGGAGGUGCAAGGUUAUUGAUGCGAAAAGAGGCGGUAUACACCGUACUGCUCAACGUUACUUUGUUCCAUGGAAUGCGUUGCGUGCUCGCGCAGGACCCGCGAUACGUACGCUUCAGUGUCAUCCAAGAUGGAGUGACAACACACUAUAACCUCAGGCUGGCGAAUCCCAAAAUUGCGGAAGAGUUGAUGGAGGAGAUCCAUGCAAAUCUUCCGUCAGCAUAA